GCAUGGAUUAAACCUGGGUGCUUAGUGAUAAAGACCGCUCGCAGGUCGGCUCCUUUGUCCAGUGUGUACAGACUUCAUCAAUAAUCUUCUUCUUGGAAGUACACACCAGAACAACCAUGGCACCAAAGAAGCCUGAGCCCAAGAAAGAGGAACCUAAGCCAGCACCUAAGCCCCCAGAGCCUGAGCCACCAAAGGAGCCAGGAUUUGACCCAAAAAGUGUUCCGAUUGAAUUCACCGCAGAGCAAAUUGAAGAUUUCAAAGAAGCCUUUUCCCUUUUUGACAGAACACCAAACUGCGAAAUGAAAAUCACUUAUGCUCAGUGUGGAGAUGUCAUGCGUGCCCUUGGCCAAAAUCCAACCAAUGCUGAAGUUCUCAAAGUUCUGGGGAAGCCAAAGCCUGAAGAAAUGGGAAUAAAAAUGUUGGAUUUUGAAACCUUCCUACCAAUGCACCAGCACAUCUGCAAAUCUAAGGAUCAGGGAACCUUUGAAGACUUUGUUGAAGGUCUCCGGGUUUUUGACAAGGAAGGAAAUGGCACAGUCAUGGGUGCUGAGCUUCGCCAUGUUUUGGCGACUUUAGGUGAAAAAAUGAGAGAGGAAGAGGUUGAACAGUUAAUGGCUGGGCAAGAAGAUGCAAAUGGAUGCAUAAACUAUGAAGCAUUUGUAAAACACAUAAUGGCUGGUUAAGGAAAGAAUGAAAUCAGACUCUGAAGACAACUUUUGUUGUACCAUCCUGUCGAAUAAGAAAUGCUCAUCAUACUGUAAAUAUACAUCCUAAAGGACACAUGUGUUUAAAGGAGUGUUUUGAGAGGAAAAGGGGAAAUCAUGCAAUAUUUUUCCAGUUGAUGAAAUGAGAUCUUAAGCUUAUGAUUUGAUUGGAACACCUUUAAAUUUCACAGGACUUUAAUUAAAUAAAAGUAUUUCCCAGUUACAUCCA